AUGGUAAACCUGCCAUACAUUGAAAACCCCCCACGCAAACGCCGGAGGCCUGCUGUAGCUUGCGUUGAAUGUCGCCGACGGAAGGUCAAGUGUGACCGUGCUAAGCCUUGUGGCCCCUGUUAUCAAUCUGCUUUGACAUGUUAUUAUCGUCCACCAUCCUUCUCCCAAAGCGGCCCUGCUCCAGAGCCCGCUCCGGCGCCCGCUCAACAAUCGCUUCACAGCUCAUUCCAGGGUACCAACUUGGCAGGAUCCGUUAGUCUGCCUAUGGAUCAGAGGACUUCUCCAAGCUCCGGAUUCAGCGACGAAUCAAGGCCAAAGAGCGCUAUUCAAGUCGAUACACACCGGUCAUCAUCCAGCGUGGGAACUCAGAACCCAUCAAACGUAUUGACAAACAGUGACCCCGACUUCAGUAGCCCUGACCUUCUCUUUUUAGACGCUCAACAAGAUGAUGGUCAGCGUUUCAUUUCAGUAUCUCCACCAGCAGAUUCGUCUGCGACGGGUUGCGCGAAACACUUCAAAGAGCAUACGAUUGCCGGCCUCGACCGAUUGGGACUAUUCAGCUCCAUGAACGGCCAAAUGACUGAUUCAACUGGAGAAUUUGCAGAAGUCCGGGGUAUGCUAGAGAAAUGCUACCACUAUGCACGUGGCAUCCAAUCUAUGCGCUCAUCCAAGCGAGCACGACUUUCUUCACUGAUAGAUGGACCUAUCAAACUGCCCCGACGCAGCACUUGUGACAAACUCAUGCACAACUAUCUCCGUACGUUUGAGUCUACGAUUCGCAUACUUCACAUUCCUUCGUUCAAAGCAGAAUAUGAGUCUUACUGGAUCAACCCUUGGGGAGUGUCGGAUGUGUUUUUGCGCAAGCUGAUUCUGGUUUUGGCCAUUGGGACUUGUUUUAUUGGCUACAGCGACGCGUACGAUCCUCAGCUCCGGUCUAUGGCUUCAACAUGGACAUACGACGCUCAGGCAUGGCUGAUGAGGGCUUUUGACGUACGAGGAGUAGACCUGGAUAUGCUGGAGGUAUCUUGUUUGUUAAUAACUGCGCGCAAAACAGAUUUGGUAACUUCACAGCUGGACUGGAUUUCGGUGGACUUUCCGCUGAGAAUGGCGCUGAGACUACAGCUGCAUAAGGAACCCAGCAUUCAUUUCCCUCACCUAUCACAACUUGAAGCCGAGAGAAGGAGGCGACUAUGGGCGGCCGUGUUGGAGAACUGUUUGCAAUCAUCUCUCGAUUCGGGUAUUCCAAUGUCGAUUUCGAACGACGCAUUUGACUGUCUGCCACCCGGAAACUUCAAUGAUGUCGAUCUCCGGGAGGAGGGUCAUUCAGAGCCUGCAACUGAAACGAGCGGCUUCACUGAGAGUACAAUGUCCAUUUUUUUGAUGAAAACAAUGCGUUUGAGGAUGCGUAUUGCGCAGUUUCUGAGUAGCUUACUGCCAGAACUGAGUUAUCAUGAGGCAUUGAAGCUUAGUGCUGAUCUUGAGGCUCUCUGCCGGUCCCAGGAGAAGGACCUUCAACUCUUUACGACAAGAGCCGCGCCAGGUAGCGCAGUGCCGUCUGACUUUCAGAAGAAGCUACACAGCAGUCUUAUUCGGCGUUGCCUCUUGGCUCUUCAUGGAAAUUUUGCCUCCAAAGCGAAAUUUGAUCCCUUGUUUUAUUUUUCUCAUAAAGCCGCAACCGAGACGUCUCUUUUUCUACUCAAAUAUUUGUUAUCAAGCCAGAAGAAUAGCCAUGCCAUGCCAGAGGAUGACUUUUCUUUACUCAUUAUUUCUGGGUCCAGCAUCAUCAUCAGCUUCUUGUGGGAAGCAACAGCUCAUGUCUGUGCUGACGUUAUCAACAACAUUACGGAGAGUCCAUUUCCACUUAUCAGCAGUCUCUCACGCAGCGAAUUGACCCAAACUAUCCAAUGCGCUAUUGAUACCGCACGAAGCUGUCUUCGAGCUGGUGACACAGCUGUGGAACCCUUGGUGUUGUUUUCCUGUUCCCUAGCACAUAUAAAAUCAGUUUCAGAGGAAAAGCCUAUUGAUAAGAGCAUCAUGGAUGCAGCCAGGAGUAGUUUAUUAUUUUGUUAUAAGGUUUUAGAGUCUGGAUAUAGAGAGGAAGGGCAGGACAGUCGCCUGGACAUAUCCAUCGGUCGCCAUGGGCUCGAGUUUCCCGAUUACGAUAGUGGAACUGACUUGUGGGACACUGUAGUCAAUGCGCCCAUUAUGUUGUUUGAGUGA